AUGCGGAAAAAUGCUCGUUGGUCUGGUACAAACGUUAAUGGUCUUCAUAUGGGUGGACUUGGUAUGAGCAUGGGCUUACGAAAAGGAAAAUCUCAUAUAAAGGACCGUGAACUGAAAAAUGAGAAAACUUAUGCUCAUAUAUCUUUUUUUUUUUUCUAUCUACAAGAUGUCAAGGACUUGGAUGCUUUGGUAUUGUUGAACCCAUUCUUGGAAGUAAUUCGUUCUGGCAAUACGACUGGUCCUAUCGCUGGAACUGCUCUUGGAAGCGUAGAAAAAUUUUUACAUUAUGGAAUCAUUGGUUUACACAACCCAAGUAUUGCGUUUGCCAUGAAUGCUUUAUCGUCAGCAGCUACACAUUGCAAAUUUGAGGCAUCGGAUGCUGCAUCAGAUGAAUUGGUCUUACUUCGUAUGCUUCAAGUUUUACAGGUGACUUUGACAAGUGAAUGUGGACAAGUACUUAGUGAUGAAGCUGUUUGCGAAAUGAUGGAAACUGGUCUUAGUAUGUGCUGUCAAAUGCGUCUUACUGAUAUGCUUCGUCGAUCUGCUGAACAUGUCAUGAUUAAAAUGGUUAUAUCUAUAUUUGAAAGAUUGAAAAAUCUUGAUGAUGAAUGGCAAUUUGUGGACACUCCUACAGAAUCAGAUGGUGAAAUGCAACGAGAUGGACAAACAACAGCUACGCACGCCCCUCAUAUGAGUACACCACGACCGUCACCAUCUCCUACACCAUCAACAGAUACGACUCCUAACAAUAAUGAUAUUAAUCAUUCUUCAAAUGACGAUCUGAGGGAACCUGAACAACAACAACAACAACAACAACAACAAGAUGAUGAUAACUCUGUUUCUCAAAACCUAGACAUUCCACCCGUGACUGAUGUCAAUACUAUGGUAUCAACUUCUUCAUCAUCUCCUGUUCCUCCGCCUCCGGUAGCACCAUCACCAACAUAUGAAGAAGAUUCUGACAGAAUAGAAGAUCGUCAACAAAAUCAAGAUGUACAACCUCUACGACCUUAUGGACUUCCAGCAAUUCGUGAAUUGCUGAGAGUGCUAGUCUCUCUUUUGAAUCCUCAUGAACAUAAACAUACAGAUUCCAUGCGAAUGAUGGCCUUAAGCAUUUUGAAUGUUGCCUUUGAAGUGGGUGGUCGCAGCAUCAGUCGAUUUGAAACUCUUCGUGGACUUGUUACUGAUGAAUUUUGUAAAUUCUUAUUUCAGUUGGCAAAAACGGAUUCUACGCCAUUACUCUCUCUCACAUUACGCACCAUCUCCACUGUAUUCGAUACAUUCCGACCAUAUAUCAAGUUACAACAAGAAUUAUUUUUAUUCUUUCUGAUUGAACGCUUGUCACCUUCAACGGGUAUGGGAAGUCGAGGGAUUUCUGUAGACGUCGAUGAAGAAGGUAACAUUAGCUUCAUGUCUUCUUCAGCACAUCACGCUUCAUUGGAUGGCAAUUCUGGAGAAAAAGCAUCACCAUCAGCAAUGGUUACUUCAGGCGGUAGUCAAUUGGAUAUUCGCAGCGGCUCACCAAACAUGUUUUUGAACAAAUCUACUGAUUACUAUUCGGCGAAAUCACAUCGGGCUAGUCAUACUCUAUCUGAUCCUCCUAUGAUUCCUGGUGAAGUACGUGAAUUAUUGCUGGAAUGUUUAUUACAAUGUGCCCGGAUUCCAACUUUUAUGGUGGACCUUUGGUUCAAUUAUGACUGUGAUCUCUCUUGUGGUGAUCUUUUUGAAGAAUUGAUUCAAUUUUUGAGCAAGAACUCGUUUCCAGAUCCCCAUAACUACUCUGUCAUGAACUAUCAUAUCUUGUGUCUAGAUACCCUACUUUUGUUUAUUGAUCAUAUGGUAGAACGUGUUGGCGAGGAAGAAUUGACCUCAACUGAUGAACUUUUAGAACGAAAAGCUAGAAAACGGAUUAUUUUGACUGGGUCUAUGCUCUUCAAUGACAAUCCCAAAAAGGGGAUCGCUUACUUGAAAGAAAACGGAAUUAUUCAAGCUGAUGCAUCCAACGACACAAAAGAAAGCUUGGCUCAUUUCCUUCGAUCUACACAACAGCUUAACAAGAAAAGUUUAGGUGAAUAUUUGGGCAAACCAGACAACUUGGAUUUGCUACAAGUUUUUAUGCGACAAUUCGAUUUUGAAGGGAAACGUAUGGACGAAGCUCUACGAAUGGUAUUAGAAACAUUCCGUCUUCCUGGUGAAUCUCAACAAAUCAUGCGUGUAACAGAUACUUUUUCUGAAGUCUAUUUUGCAACAAAACCAGCUCAAAUAGCAAACAAUGAUGCUGCGCAGCUUUUGGCCUAUUCCAUCAUCAUGUUGAACACAGAUCAACAUAAUCCUCAAGUGCGACGACGUAUGACUUUGGAAGAUUAUAUGCGAAACUUACGUGGCGUCAAUGGUGGUGAAGAUUUCCCAAAGGAUUACUUGGGUGAAAUCUAUGAAGCUAUUCGACAAGAUGAAAUUGUAAUGCCCGAAGAACAUGAAGGUCGUUUAGGAUUCAAUUAUGCUUGGAAACAACUUUUACAUCGAUCCGAUACAUCUGGUCCAUUCGUAGUAUGUGAUACUUCAAGUUAUGAUAAAGCUAUGUUUGAAAUGUCUUGGAAACCUGCCAUUGCGGCUAUUUCUUAUGCAUUCAAUACAGCUCAAGAUGAUGAUACUCUUCAAAAGGCGAUUUCUGGAUUCCAUCAAUGUGCCAUGUUAUCUGCGCAUUUCGGUUUAUAUGAUGUAUUUGAUAGUAUCGUGGUGAAUUUGGCUACCAUGACAGGGUUACUGGAUACAUCAGGUCAUUCAAGUUCUUUACCUGAUCCUAUUGUGGAUGUCGCUGGUGAAAAGUAUGUGAUCAGUUCCCUGGCGGUACGAUUUGGGCGAAAUUACAAGGCUCAAUUGGCAGCUGUGGUGGCAUUUACUAUAGUAACAAGACAUGGUAAUUCUUUACGCAAAGGAUGGACGAAGAUUCUUCAAGUAAUCCGAAAUUUAUUUGUCAACUCUUUACUACCUCAUUCAAUGCUUCAAGUGGAAGAUUUUGUGUCUGGAACAACAAGUAUUCCUUUGAAACCCAAGAACAUAACACAAUCAAGACAACAACAACGUAGAGAUGGAUCGUUACUAUCGACAUUAUCCUCCUAUUUACUCUCUCCUUAUUCAAAUGAUGAAACAUAUCGUGCUGAUCCUACUGAAGAAGAAGUGGAAAGUACUAUGUGUGCUGUUGAUUGUGUGGCUGCUUGUCGAUUGGAAGAUCUCUUCAAUGAUAUCAGCAAUUUGAAACUAGAACCAUUACAAGCGUUGUUGACUGCUAUUGGAAAGGUCGGAUAUGAUGGCGAAGCGGUGAAAAAUGCUGAAAAACCUAUACCUUAUGAUCCAGCGACUGUCUUGUUUUUGGAAUUCAUGAUUACUAUCACUAUUCGAAACGAUAGUAGAAUAGAAUUACUUUGGUAA